AUGUCUGCAUACAAUUCAAACGCUCAAACGUGGUUCAUACAGCUCGAUGCGAUAUUUCAAGCCCGCCAUAUCACAUCACAGCAGUCAAAGUUUGCCUUCGUUGUGGAAAAGUUACCUGCAGAGGUGGCUGCAGAAGUAGCAGAUAUUCUCACAAGCUUUCCGACUAACAAGCCUUACGAAGUACUCAGGCAAGCCAUAUUACACCGCACAGGUUGCUCUGAGGAGCGUAGAAUUAAGGACCUUCUAACUAACUUAACUUUAGGGACUAACAAACCGUCCCAACUCUUGCGCCGAAUGCAAUCUUUAGUCGGCAGCAAUACCAUUUCCGACACUGUCUUUAAGCAAAUGUGGCUCGACAAACUACAACCUGACGUUGUGCGAAUAUUAGCCGCGCUCACAGAUGAGGUUGACAUACAAAAGUUAGCAACGAUUGCCGACAAGAUAUCAGACACCACACCUACUCGGCAAGUCUCCUCCAUAAGCCCGUCAGACGACCUUACUCCGGAUUUCAGUCAGAGAUUACAACUUCUGACAUCAGAAAUACAGAAGCUCUCUCUCCGGCUUGACGAAAUUCAAAAUAGACCUACAAGAAGUCGGAGCAAUUCAAUUGCCCGGCACCAUAACCGUAGGCCGCGUUCAGCGUCGCGUCGCACCCGUCGAAGUCAACAUGGUAAUUGCUGGUACCAUGAGGUGUUUGGCGCGCGCUCUAGGAAGUGUCAGCCGCAUUGUGCUUUCCGAAACACAUUCCCAACAGACGUACAGGGAAAUGGCCUGCCUGGCAACCAUUAG